GCGGGGUUUGCCGGAAUACGUGUGCGUUAAAGAUGACGUCCUAACUACGCUCUCUGCUUGGUUACAGAGUGUACAUGUUUAGGUCCGUGUAAAUGUUGUGACGCCGUUACGGAGCUCUUUUCUACCUCACUACAGAGGGUGUCUGAUUGUUUGUUAUAUUUAACUGCGGUCUACAUUUAAAGUGUUUUGUGAAAUUCGCCCUAUUGCCCGGAGAGCUCUAGAAGGAUCUACAGGGUCAUCACUGCGUGACGUUUCCUGCCGGUGUUUUAACGUCUUCGAACCGUGGACAUGAGGAGUUUGCCGUAUUUCUGCCGUGGACCAGUGAUUCGGGGAUUUGGAAGAGGAAGUAAAGAGCUGGGAAUCCCAACAGCAAACUUCCCAGAGUCUGUAGUGGACAGUCUACCUGCUGACAUCAGCACUGGCAUCUACUAUGGCUGGGCACGCGUGGACAACGGAGACAUCCACAAGAUGGUGAUGAGCAUUGGCUGGAACCCCUACUACAAAAACCUCAAGAAAUCUAUGGAAACACAUUUGAUCCACAAGUUCAAGGAGGAUUUCUACGGCCAGAUGCUAAGUGUCGUCAUGGUGGGCUACAUUCGCCCUGAAAGGGGAUUCAACUCGCUAGAUGAAUUGAUCACCGCGAUUCACAGUGACAUCGAAGAGGCGAAAAGAAUGUUGGACCUGCCCGAGCACACGAAACUGAAAGAAGACAACUUUUUCAGGACGUCUAUAUCCACAACAACCAAUCAGAUCUUGAAUGGUCACUAAACAGAACUUGUCACUUGAUCUAGUUUCCCAUACUUUAGUUUUAUGGGGGUGAAACCACUGUAACAGAUAUGCAUUAUUUGCAUUAUUUCUGUACUAUAGCGUCUUUCAGAAAGGUUUACAUGUGCAGGCACUGAUUGUCUUGGACAUGUCAUCCAGAGUUAUUUCUUUAUGGAGGAUGAAACACGAAGAGGUUGGAUUGCACUGGUUUUCAUGAAGGAACGAAGUUACCUCAACCAGUUCAGACCACCAACAGAUAAGAAACCAGGAACUUCCAGGACUGAGACUUGUCUAAGUUAGAUCUUUUAGAUCACUGAUAUCACAGCGUACAAUCCAAGUAAUAUCUGAAAUUAGUCUCAUGCUUGGUUUCUUAUUGACUUGCUGUAAAUUGUAUUUUAAGGGGAUGUGAUUUUAUUUACUUUUAAGAAAAAUACUACAGUUUUAUUCAGUAAUAGAUGUACUUUACAUUUAAAACUGGAGAUGCUACAUUUGCUGGUCAUAUAUGUAUAUUUGAAGUUAAUUUAAGAUCUGAUUUGCAUAGAGAGAUUAUUUUGCUGUAUAUAAUCAAAGGAAUAUGGGCAUGAGUGAAUAUAUACAGUAGUGUGAACCCUUUACAAUGUUCUAUAUAUUUGCUUAAAUAUGACCUAAACCAUCAGAUUAUCAAACGAGUUAAAAGUAGACAACGAGAACCCAAGUCUAAUUCCCCCUUCAAAUUAACCCUAGAGGUUCGCAUACCUUUUCCACUCACAGAUAUGGAACAUUGGAUCAUUUUCCUCAAUAACUAAAAUGACCAAGUAUAAUAUUUUUGUCUCAUUUGUUUAACUGGGUUCUCUUUAUCUACUUGUAGACAAUCUGAUGAUGUUUUAGGUCAUAUUUAUGCAGAUAGAUAGAAAACUCUAAAUAGUUCACAAACUUUCCAGCACCACUGUAGAUCAGCAGGUCUCAAAGUGUAACUUAGGGUCCCACAGACAUCUGUAAAGCAUAACCAGAGGGGCUGUGAUUUGUUUUUGUUUUUUUUAAAUAGGUACAGUGGUGGAAUUUACAGCCCACCAUUAUCAAAGCUAUUAUGUUUAUUACCGAUUACUUCUACUUAUUAACCUGUUAGACUGGUCACUUGAACUGAAAUGGUUUAAUCAAAACCUUUAAUAGCUCAAACAAGUAAGACUGAAAACAAGUAAGACUGGUCAUCAACUUGAACCUACAGUGUUGCGUUGGUGGUAAGCGUUAUUGUUCUUUAUUGUUCAGGCAUUUAAAAGCAUAUACACACGUGCACACAUACACCAUGGUCUGUCCGAAUACUCUAUUCUGAUUGGCUGGAAGGUGUUAAAACCGUAUACACAAGUACUUCCGGUCAGUUUAAGCACUGUUCGAAAUGAACGUGUUGCCUAAACACAACUGCAACCAUAGUAAUGUACAGUAGUUAAACUCGUAGCUUCAUUAAUAGAAACGCUUCACAGUUGCAGGUAAUUCUCACACACACACACACACACACUCAUAGCUGUUUAUUAUAAUGCAUUCAAAUAAAUGUAAUCUUAUCUCACUGUAUAUCUGUGUAUGAUUGAGAGCAGGCAGAAUUCUAACUCUUAACGACCCGAAUAUACGAAUUAAAUAAAAACACGAAUGAAAAUGAA